AUGACGGGGACCAGUCAGUGCUGUAGAGGAGGUCCGAUCCCGAACGGCUCGAGCUCACUUCCGACCCAUUUACAUUAUCCCAGCCGGAAUGAGAAGUACUCCACCAGCACGCCAGUGCAGAUGAAGCUCAUGAUGGUGCCCCUAUUGUUAUUUCUAUUCUCCCCAGCCUACGGUCAAUUUGCAUUGCCGCCGAAAAUCAGGGUCCAACCACGAUGCGACCCGCAACUAAUCACAGUCGCCGUCACACUAAACAAAGACCUAAUCCCCGGAGGAAAUUUUACAGAUUGGAUCGUUGUGGGAGUCACCGGCAAGGAUGACUGUCGAUUAAAGGGGAAUGGCGAGCUACAGUAUGUCAUCGAGAUAGCGAUCCGCAAUGACCCAUGCGGGACUAUGAUGCCAUCUCCUGGCGUCUUCGAAAAUCGGGUGCGAAUAGGGCAGAAUCCGUUUGUGAUCCUGGCUAACGAUGAGACAUUUACGGUCCGGUGCGUCUACGGUCUGCCUGAAGUUGGCACUCUCCCACUUCCGAUGGUGCAGCCAAAUUUUGCCAUUGAUAAUGCCGCACUGGGAAUCGGUGCAUUUGGUCAACAGCCAGGUGGAGGCCUAUCAACCGUGGGUAUGCCCAUCAAUCCUACCGCUGGCGGAAUCAAAAAUGCUUUGGAUAUUCGGCCGAUUGGCAACGGAAUCCCAGAUAGCGCCACAUCGAAUAAUGCAAAUUUUGCGGAAGCUGGUUUUCAACCGGGCAUGCAAAACGCCACAUCAACUGGCUCUCGAUUGUCUCAAAUUUUAUUGUUUGCGCUACUGGCCUUUUUGCUGUUGGCCUUGAUAUUGCUGUGUUGCCUAUAUUUCUGCAUGAAGCGAAGACAUCGUGGGGAGCAGCAGACCAACAAUAUGCGUGUUUCAAUGCCGCCUGUGAGUGGUGUAGGGAAAGUUGGGCUGGGCAGCAUGUGGUGGACAGGCCGAACGACCAAUGCGCAGGGUGAAUAUGCUGGUCUCGAUAGUACCAGACGUGGCUCUGCAGUUUCCCCGGCAGAUUCGGCAAUUUCUUCUACACAUCCAGCCUCAUCGCAGCAACCUGUACUCCCAAGAAAGCAUUUUGAAAAGAACAAACGAAGCUUUGGCGGAUACGAUGGAGCCAUUACCGCUUUUGAUCGAAGAGGAUCUUCCGAUAGCCAAUCCCAUGCCGACUAUCUCCCAACAAAUGGCAUGAACCUAAAUCCAAACGCCGGAUACGCAUCGACAAGGAGAAGCAAUCUAGCUUUUGUGGCUGAUGAAGAACAUCACUAUGCCUCCGGUGAUUUCCUAUCGACGAGAAGCCCGCUCCCAGAUGGCAGCCCUCCACCAGCACCUAUGCUUAAAGAUUAUGCAAAUCUUGGGGAGGGUUCGAGCUAUGUGGAACAUUACAUCACUGAAACGGAGCAUCUCAACAAUGAAUACAAUGAAAAAGCUGUUGAUGUGGCCGAAGUGAGCAAGAACAUCUCCCGGGACCGCUUUGAGCAUAUCGAUCAGUCAAUUGCUGAACUUCAGAAGAUCCAGCCUAAAAGCUACUCAGAAUGGAGAAAAACAUUGUUAGAGGGUAGGGAUCAUGGGCAAGAACGACCUGCUUCGACAGCUGGUGUACAGGUCUCAUCGAGAGAAGUCCCCGCUGGAUUGUUCCCUGAAGAAGGCAUUUCGUCAUUCCGCUCAAUAACAGAGAUAUACCAAUCUGUAGAAACGAGGAAAGAUGAUUUCGCGAGGGAUGGAGAUGCAUCUGCAAAUCUCACACAGCAACUUGCUGAUGCCGUCCUGCCUAUGCGUGGUUUUGGGCCACGAAAAUUAAAUGAACAAGAAUUAGAAAUCAAACCUGGCAUCUCACCGUUCGAACUCCAACCU